AUGAUUAUUAAACUAGACAAUCUAGAUGUUUAUUUUCCAUAUUCACAGAUAUAUCCAGAGCAGUUACAAUAUAUUAAAGAAUUAAAGAGUAAUAUAGACACAAAUGGUCACAUACUAAUAGAAAUGCCUUCUGGUACAGGUAAAACAGUAGCAUUACUAAGUAUCACUGUUAGUUAUAUAAUCCACAUGAAAAGAUUUUUUAACAAAAAAGUAAAACUUGUUUAUUGUUCAAGAACCGUUUCUGAAAUAGAUAAAGCUCUUUAUGAAUUAGAAAAUCUUAUAAAUUACAUUAAACAGUAUAUCAAUUUUGAUUUUUUAGGGGUUGGUUUAACUGCUAAGAAAAUAUUGUGCGUAAACGAUGAAGCUUUGUCGAGUCGAAAUAUUGAUAUAACAUGUAAGAAAUUAAGAGAUUUAGAGAAAUGUGAUUUUUAUACAAAUUUAUACAAAGACUUUACAAUUCCGCAAGGUGUUUAUACGCUUGAUAAAUUAAUUAAUAUUGGUAAAUCUAAAGGCAUAUGUCCAUAUUACAUGAUAAGAAAUGGUCUAGGGAUGUGUGAUUGUAUAAUUUAUACUUAUAAUUAUCUAAUAGAUCCUAAAAUUUAUGGAAUUGUAAGUAAAGAUCUUGGUGAAAAUUGUAUUAUUAUUUUUGACGAAGCACAUAAUAUUGAUUCACAUUGUAUUGAAGCGCUCACUUUCGAAAUAAAACGUAAUACGUUAGAUAAUGCGACAAGAUGUCUUAAGACGAUUGUAAAAUUAUUAGAAAACAAAAAAAAAGAACAACAUAAUAUUUUAUUGAAAGAAUACCAGAAAAUGAAAGGAACGCUUAAUAUUUAUACUGAAGAUACCAUUCCGCACUUCUAUGCUGAAGAAGAACAAAAAUUUGAAUUUGUACCUGGAAAUUUAAGAGAUUCUGCACACUUUGUCGGUGUCUUAAAACGGCUUGUAGAAUUUUUUAAGACAAAACUAAAAACAACCCACUUAACAACUGAAACACCUGCUAGUUUUUGUCAAUCUAUAAAAGAUUUAACUUUUUUGAAUAAAAAAACAUUAAGCUUUUGUUCUCAGCGAUUAGGUCUGUUAGUUCAAACUUUAGAUUUUGAAGACGAUAAUUUGUACUUUUUGCGACGAGUUGCUGAUUUUGGUACUAUGGUUUCAAUGUAUUCAAAAGGAUUUUCAGUUAUUUUUGAACCUUUUGAUACCCAGGCUCACACAGUUUUCAAUCCAAUUCUUAGAUUAGCAUGUUUAGAUUCUUCUAUUGCUAUAUCACAAGUUUUUACUAAAUUUAACAAUGUAAUAAUUACCAGCGGUACGUUAUCACCUAUCGAAAUGUACCCAAAAAUUUUAAAUUUUGUACCGAAAAAAAUAGUAGAGAUAGGCGCAACACUAGAUCGAAAUUCUAUUUCGCCUUUAAUCUUAACAAAAGGAAAUGAUCAAAUGACCGUAAAAUCAACAAAUGAAGAUGGCGGUGUAAAUAACAUAACGACAUCUUUUUCACUCCGAAGCGAGCCAUCAGUGGUGCGUAAUUAUGGUACAUUAUUGAUUGAGUUGUCCAAAUCUGUACCAGAUGGCCUUAUUUGUUUUUUUCCGUCAUAUAUUUAUAUGGAAGAAAUUGUUAGUCUUUGGGCAGAAACAACGAUAAUAAAUGAUAUAAUGACAAAUAAGCUUGUAUUUAUUGAAUCUCCCGAUUUUAGAGAAACAGAGCUUGCCAUUUCAAAUUAUAAAAAGGCGUGUCGAUGUGGAGGAGGUGCUGUUUUAUUUUGUGUUGCAAGAGGUAAAGUAUCUGAGGGAGUAGAUUUUGAAGAUGGAUAUGGAAGAUGUGUUGUUAUGAUAGGUGUACCCUUUCAAUACACCGAGAGUGUACGUUUAAAGAAAAGAUUGGAGUUUUUAAAAUCGGAAUAUAAUAUCAGAGAAUAUGAUUUUUUAACAUUUGAUGCUAUGCGGCACACCGCACAGUGUUUAGGACGAGUAUUGCGAAAUAAAAAGGAUUAUGGUUUGAUGAUUUUAGCGGAUCAAAGAUUUGAUUCAAAGGACAAGAAAACUAAAUUGCCAAAGUGGAUACAAAGCUUUAUGGAAGAAGGUAAUUGUAAUUUAAGUAUUGAUAUGGUAUUAAGCAUAGCAAAAAGAUUUUAUAAAGAAAUGGCACAAGAAUUACCAGAAAAAGGGAUUAGUACAUUAAAUGCAAACGAAAUAAAUGAAAAACUACUAUAA